UCGAGUAAGGUUGUGCUGCGCGUCGCUCUCGCCUCCUUACUUAACGUGGCUUAUAUCCCUGCUGCCUCCAAUUGAUUGCAUCUCUGAUUUACGAAUACAAUUUUUUUAUGGGUGGAAUUUUCCGUCACUGCUUACAUAAUAUCGAGGAUUAAAUUUGUAGUGAAUAUCUAACAUUUAUUAAGAGAUAAAACACUGUCAGCAGAUUAUUGCUUACAGACACGAUUUUUUUAUGUAAUUAAUUAACUGUAAGAUAUUCAGAGUGUCAUCUUAAUAUGAAAAUACAAGUUUUUUUCCAGUGACUCAUUAUUUGUCGGAAAAUACAUGGAACAUGUCAAGAACAUUUGAAGUAUAAUCUAAUGCAUACAAUAAGCAAACUUAGAACCAGUAGAAUGUGUCAACAAAUCAGGAAUGUAUUUAUUCAAGGCAUAGAAAACAUAUUGUUUAUCUGUAGAUUUCUGGCCAUCGGUAGUAGUGAAUGUGCUAUGAUCAUGUAAGCUUAAAGUCGAGAUGAAACGAAAAGCAACUAUUUCAACUACCCAUGAUAGUAUUACUAACAUUGUAUACAUGAAGCGGUAAUUAACCCGGUGCGGGUAGUUCAAUGCAGUUACACAGCCAUUGUUACUAGAACGAAAAGUAAUUAAGCUAUUAUAAGGAGAGCAGUUAUAAAUCAGUGAAUAUAAAAUGGGGGAUUUAAGAAUAACAUUUAUCCAGAAAGAAAGUAUGUUAAUUUUUGGAGCAGAAAUCGAGGCAUGGAAGGACAUAGAGAAUUAAUAUGCCCAGUAGUCGCUGGUAUGAUCCUCCACUCGGCAGUUUGAGAUGGAAGGCAUAACCGGCCAGCGAAUGGGAAAGAAUUUGAAAGGGGCUUUGAUGAAGCUCUAUUUUCUACCCGGCAUUAGCCGUGGUGUUGUGAUUUUAGAGUGGCGAGUCAUCGCGUGUCCCACGAACCUGCACGAAGAAGGUAAACACUGGAUGGGAAGGCAACGCACGCAUACUAAUUUCGAAAAUUUUGCUUUUUGAAAAGUGAAGAAUGGUUUAAUAGAUAAACAACUAUAUAAGAAUACUUUCUACGAUUAACUGAGCCCGACGGACUGUAAAUGACGAUAGUCCAAGAAAGCCAAGCAGUAUGGCUUAUUUUCAUUGAGGUCUUAUGAUCGUUUUUCCCAGAAUGAGACUUAAAAGGUCAACUAACAUCUAGAUACCUAUUUACCGCUAUGUGAAUAUGGCCAGCAGGUGUAGGAACACAUCCUUACGUCUUGUCUGGCCAAGGAUUCGAAUCCUUUAUGGCUCGAUUGAGAUCUGUGCAAUCUAGCACUGAGCUACGAGUCACCUCACUGAGCUACGAGUCACCUCACUGAGCUACGAGUCACCUCACUGAGCUACGAGUCACCUCACUGAGCUGCGAGUCACCUCACUGAGCUGCGAGUCACCUCACUGAGCUACGAGUCACCUCACUGAGCUACGAGUCACCUCACUGAGCUACGAGUCACCUCACUGAGCUACGAGUCACCUCACUGAGCUGCGAGUCACCUCACUGAGCUGCGAGUCACCUCACUGAGCUACGAGUCACCUCACUGAGCUACGAGUCACCUCACUGAGCUACGAGUCACGUCACUGAGCUACGAGUCACCUCACUGAGCGACGAGUCACCUCACUGAGCUACGAGUCACCUCACUGAGCUACGAGUCGCCUCACUGAGCUACAAGUCACCUCACUGAGCUACGAAGCAACGAUGUAGUCCAGAAACAAUUUAAGUCACUUGUCAACAGUGAUAAAUAAUAACAGUAUUCGAUAUAAAGAAUAAAAAAAAAACAUGAAUAACUACUGCAUUAAUUGGCAGUGGAAAGUGUAUUGACAGAGGGUCAAGCUCGCUGCAUACAAUACUUCGCGGGCCUCACACAAAAUGGUUAUAACUGACCCUAAUUUUUAAAAGGGUGGACCGGUAAGCCAGCGGAAGGCCUCUGUCAGAUGACCGAAAGCUCCAACGGCGGGUCAUCAUCUGACUAAGACACGCGUCAGGAAACACUUGUCUUGUUUCCUGACGAACCUUACCUAACCUAACCUCGGAUCUCGGAACCAAGUGGUCAUUUUCCUCAUUUCGCCGGCACAGUCGCUGAAAAGAAAAAGUAUAGUUUUGGUGACAGAUGGACUGGCCUCUCAAACACCAACAAGUGGAGUGAGUCUGGAUCAUUAUGGUUGUGCUACUGCUGAUAAUCUUCACCUUGGUACUGCCAAGCACCGGUGCUGCCACGCUCGAGUCUAUAAACACUGGGCCGCUAUUCAUUGCUGACGUGGUUCAGGGAGGUCGAGCGGAGAUGCCGUGCGACGUGGCCACAGCACAAGCUAGCGACCGUGUUGUUCUCGUACUCUGGUACAAGGACGGCCUCGGGGCUCCUAUUUACAGUUACGACUCCCGCAAACACAGUCUGGACGCCAGGAACUGGGCAGACGAUAAAACCUUAGGAGGUCGAAGUCACUUCUACCUGCAGUCGUCUCCAGCUUCGCUGAUCGUGGACGACGUGCGGCCGAGCGACGAGGGUCUGUACCGCUGCCGCGUCGACUUCAAGAAAAGCCCCACCAGGAACGCACGGACUAACCUCACAGUCAUCAGUGAGUUGCAUUCUGGUUCCUCGUAG